CGCUUUUUGGCCUUGAAACCAGCCAAGUCAGACUUGCCACGCGCAGCGGCCGCGUUCAAUGAACAAUGCCACCGGGACCGCUCCGGAUGAUGAUACUGAGAGCUUCAAGUUGGCCCUCACCUUUCUCAGUAUCGCAGUGCUCACUUUUCUUUCGCAGACUUUUACAGGCCUGAAUAUUGGGCUGAUGUCCCUAGAUACCGCCCAGUUGAAAGUUCUGAUUGAUGUGCCCAAUAAGGACGAAGCAGCUAUGGAUGCAGCCAGAUAUGCAAGAAAGAUUUUGCCACUGAGACAGCAGGGCAAUUUGCUGCUUUGCACGAUCCUUUUGGGGAAUACUGCAGUGAAUGCUGCAAUGGCACAGUUGCUGGCUGACUACGCAGGUGGUUUUAUUGGCUUUCUGCUGACGACUGCCAUCAUUGUGAUCCUUUGCGAGAUUGUUCCGCAGUCUGUUUGCACUCGGCAUGGCCUUUUCUUGGGCGCUGCCGGGUCUCCCAUCAUCCGCUUGGCAAUGCUCCUCUUCUAUCCCAUCACAAAGCCGUAUGCUCUUGUAUUGGAUCGGCUCUUUCCCCAACGAGAGAACUUGUUGGACCGGAGCCAGCUCCAAGCACUGGUGGAAUACCAGAAGUCUGCAGCUCCUGGCAUGCUGGCCGAGGGACAAGCAGAGAUGCUGAUAGGAGCCCUGGGCAUGGCCCAGAAGACAGUCUCGGAGGUCAUGGUGAAGCUGGAUGCAGCCUGCAGCCUGAGCCCCAAGGAUAUCUUGGACUAUGCCUUCAUUGCACAGGUGGUUCAACAAGGUUUCAGCCGCUUCCCAGUUGUGGAACCCAGCUCCGGACAGGUGGUGGGCUUACUCCAUUGCAAGGACUUGCUCUCCCUUCGGGACCCGGAGUACGACCACCUUGAAGAGGUGCGCGGUAGAUCUGCCACGGUGGGUGAAUUGCUCGAGGCCUUGCGGCAAGCGGGUCGUGAGCGGGAGGUAUUUGUGUGCGGUGAAGACACCACCCUCAUGGCCCUGCUGAGCGAGUUCAAGCGACGACCACACUUGGCAGUAGUUUCGGACGGGGAGGGCCCGGAGGCACGUCAUGUGGGCAUUGUCACACUACACAACAUUUUUGGGACAAUCCUGCAGGCCCAGGGAAACAGCUUCUUCUCGGAGGAUGUGGGAAGCAGUCCUAGACGUCAUCAACAAGCAGGAGCCCUCCACUUGUUUGAUCGCACUCGCCUUGAAAGCAUGGCGGCUGGAAAGGAGCAGCUGGGAGAGGACGAGGCUGGAGCUGUCAUGUCCUUCUUGGUUGCGACCUUACCGAAGAUCUUCUCGCAGCAACACGUCAAUUCCACGAAGCUCUUAGAGCUCCUACGUGAGCUGCGGCCAGAGUUCGUUCCAAAGCGCACAGAGCUUUAUCGAUCUGGCUUCGAGACUACAAAGGUGACACUAGUUUUGCAAGGCGCCUUUCACCUGACCAGUGGCGCCGACCAGUGCGAGAGCACCGUUGGGCCAUGGGCGUGCCUUGGGGUGGGCGUGCUACUGGCGAAAGCCGACAAGUACACCUCAGACUUUACAGCAGUUGCCCUAACCGACGCCUUCAUCUUGCAACUCGAACGCCAGAGAUACUUGCAAGCGGCAGCGUCAGACAGACUGGGCCAUAUUGACAGUUUGGCCUAGGCCUAAAAUCGUCCACCAGCCUGGUGACGCCGCCUCAAAUGAGCCUCAGUCCAUCAGUAUAUACAGAUGCCGCAUGUGGCAGCUUUUCUAGGGGCUUUUGCUCUGGUGCUACUUCUUUGGGCAGAGCUCUUUCGUUCAAAAACGAAAGUCAUAACACCUCUGCCGGGCAGAGUCGCAGGAGAUAGCUCG